AUGCCCUCCACAGGCCCCUACAAAUACAAAUCACGCAAACGUCCACUCACAUCAACCUCCCAAUCCGGCCGCAAGCGCCACCAAGGCGUCCACUGGAGCCCCAACCUGGAGGCAGAAGCCAGCGGCACCGGCAACACAGACACACGCCAGCGCAAUCCCAACCGCCCCAGCUUCUCUACGCCUGCCACCGUUCCAGACAUCAAUUUUCUCCACGACCCGGAGGACCGGAAAGUAUUGGUGGAUCUACAACUCAAACUCGACACGAGUAUCAAGCACUAUGGGGUACCAGAAUUUCAGGCGGAGCGAGAGUUCCGGGCUUCGUGGACGAAGUGGGUUGAGAAGAAGUAUGGGGAUCGGAGGGUUAUGACUGCGGAAGGGCCGGUGGAGAUUCAGCUCCAGGGUCAGGGUGCGGGGAGUGGUCCUGUUGGUGAUGGCGAGGGCGAUGAGGAGGAGGGUCCUGAAGAGGGAGAGGAAGAUGGAGAGAAACAGGAUGAAGAUGAAGACGAAGAAGGCGAAUAUUCAGGAAUCGAUUCCGAGAUCGUGGAGCAUAUGACGAGACCCGGUGACGUUCGCCCCCCUGCGAUCUCCCCUGGAGCCCCUGCACGCAAAAUCGCUAGCAAGAUCGCUAGUAAAGCGAAGGAUGAUGAGAAGCUCUUCUCCAAAGAAGAUGUCAACGACAACGGCAAAGACAAGGCUGUCUGCGGAAGGUUGUACGAACUCAUCGCAGACAUUCGGACCUUUGCGAACAAGUUCACGACGAGCAAGGAGGUCACUACGCCGCCUGCGGGCUUCCUGGACUCCCUUCUGAAGAAGGAAAACGAGCAGCUGAUUCGCUACAUUGGUUGUCUGUCACAAGGAGGCAAGAACGGAAGGAAGGAUUGGGAGGAUUUGGUGACUGCACAACCGACGCGUGAGGCUCUCGUGGUUGGCAUUUUGGGACGUGCUUUGAAGGAGCAUGUUUUCUCGGAUCUUUGGUUUGGAAGUGAUCCCGAUCAAAAAGAGGAUCUAAGUCUCAGAGAGAAGAAGACGGCUGGUGAUGAUGGCUUUGCACGUACUCGGGCACGGGCGAAGAGGGUUCAGGAAUUCAAUAAGAAGCCCGACCAGGAGGCCUUGUUCAAGCAGGCUGUCAACACCAUGACACGGCGACUCGAGAAGCUGCUGGCUCCCUUCUACGACGGCAAAUCCAAGAGACUGCAUGCCACGUUUCCCGAAAGACUGCAUGGCAUCGUCAGAAACGCUGGCGAGCUUAGCCGUUUGAUGCGUCUUGCACCUGAUGUUGCCUACUACUGGACAUCGACCUUCAAGGACGAGGAGUUCGCACCAGGCCAAAUGGAAUGCUACAAUCUACGCGACAUGAUUUUGAAGAGUCCAUAUGAGAAGAAGGUGGUAGGUGGCAUGGAGCGCGCAGUGGCCCGAGAGGGCGCCAGUCCCGACCAAACAGAAGCAAUUGUCAAGAUCGUCUGCUUCCCUGGUCUCGACGCCUACCGCCAGUCUGGAGGAAGCCUCGCACAGGAAGAACUCUCCAAGGAGAGGAGCCGCCCAGACAAUGCACCGCCAGACGUCCAAGCCGCACGCAAGAAGCUCAAGCGCAAUGGCGACGACUACGACGGCAGCGAAGGUUUCCGCUCCAAGACCAUCUGCAAGAAUGUCGUCUAUCUCAUCUGGGGCAAGCAGAGACUGCUCACCCGCGAGGCUGGCACGUCGAGACAUAUCGAUGCCGUGAGGAAUGGGAAUAUGGACAAGUACACGAAGGACUACGAGGGUUUCGUGGAGCUGUAUGAUCUUGCGCAGGACAAGUGGGAGCGAGAGGCGGUUCGGGCUUCUCCCAGUCGAGGGAUCGGAGGUCUUUUGGGACGGUCGUAA